AUGCGUGAAGCUAUCUGCAUCCACGUCGGUCAGGGUGGUCUUCAGGUUGGUAAUGCCUGUUGGGAGCUCUUCUGCCUCGAGCACGGCAUUCAGCCUGAUGGACAAAUGCCUUCUGAUAAGACUAUCGGUGGUGGUGAUGACGCCUUCAACACCUUCUUCUCGGAGACUGGUGCCGGCAAGCAUGUCCCCCGAUGCGUCUUCGUUGAUCUCGAGCCCACUGUUAUUGAUGAGUUCGUACCGGCACCUACAGGCAACUCUUCAUCCUGA